GCAACGCCAUUUCGUCUGGUGCUGGAGCGCUGCAGGGUCGCGGUCGGGAGCGGAGCGGUGUUAUUCCAACGCUGGAGUUUCGAGGCCAGGCUUAUUUAAUAACGACAGCGAAGUCCAUUCACGAAAUCGCAACCAUGUCUGAAAACACUUCGGCAGCAGAUUUGGUACCCGCCGAGGUGCUGGAAGGCGCUGGUGUCCGCAAACUGUCCGAGCUCAGAGUGAUCGACCUGAAGGCCGAGCUGAAGAAGCGAAACCUGGACAUCAGCGGCAACAAGAGCCUGCUGUCCGAGCGCCUCAAGAAGGCCAUUGAGGAGGAAGGAGGCAAUCCUGAUGAAAUAGUGGUUCAACUUGAAAUAACUCCUAAAAAAACACCUAGAAGAGCACCUAAAGGGAAGAGACAAGACGAUGAAUCGGAGGAUUGCACAAUCGAAGAGGAUUCUGUUGAUGGCCAGGAUGAUCCUGAUGCUCAUGCGGAGAAUCUGCAGGAGAUGGAUAUCAUGGACAUGAACAUUCUGGACGAAGCUGACAUUGAUAACGGUGUGGCGGCUGACGGUGACGACUACGAUGAGAAUGAACUUCUAGACUUGAUGUCAAAUGAAGCAGGGAAUGAAAAUGAAGAAAUCGGGGAUGCUUCAGCUCUCGACUCACCAGGAAAAUCGGAGGUAGAGGAGGACAUGGAAACUAAAGAUUCAAGCUCAGAAAGAAAACAGAAACUGGAUUCUCAGGAUCGUGAACAAGAAGAGGAACAUGAAGACAUAAAAGGGGAAAUAGAAAGUGACAAAGUAGCCGGGUCUUGUAUAUCAGAGCUGCAUAAAGAAGAACCAACUGAGGAGUCGAGUGAAGAGAAGAAAGCUUCAGUCUGGGAUUCUCACAAAGACGAAGUCAAUGUGUCCAACCUCAGUAAAGCUGAGGAGGCCAGCAAUAUGGAAGGAGAGUCGUCAGCUUGUGAAGCAGACAUUGACACGUCAAAGCAAAGCGAUGUCGAGCCAACAUGCAAGGACCAUCAAGGUGCUCAGGGCAAUUCGACGGAUGCCGAGAGCGCAUCUGCUCAGGCAGCUAACGCAAACGAAACGGGCUUACAUGAAAUCGCAAACGCAGCCGAUUCGGAAACCGCGUCGAAGGCAGAGGGGUCUGAGGAAGACAAGAAGACUGAAGAGAGCGCUGCAGAUUCUUCAGAAGUGAAAGAGUCCUCUGUAGAGGGUGAUGAUCAGAAAAAGAGCGGCGAUGAGAAAUCAGGGAAAAGUGAGUCAAAGGAUGACGCAGGUAGUGCUGCAGCCAGUGGAAGAAACCUUUGGGUUAGUGGACUCUCUUCAACCACCAGAGCGACUGAUCUGAAGAAUCUGUUCAGCAAAUAUGGCAAGGUUGUUGGUGCUAAGGUAGUGACAAACGCCCGUAGCCCAGGAGCUCGAUGCUAUGGCUUCGUUACAAUGUCUUCUACAGAGGAGGCUACAAAAUGCAUCAACCAUCUGCACCGAACUGAGCUUCAUGGGCGAAUGAUCUCUGUAGAAAGGGCCAAGAAUGAGCCAGCUGGUAAAAAGCCUGCAGACAAAAACGAUGCCAAAAAGUCCAGCAGUGACAGGAGACACUCAUCCGAGUCCAAGACUGAAAAGUCUGAUGGCAAGGAUGAAAAGGCUGAAGGCUCUGAUGACAAAGCCCGUGGAGAGAGGACUGUUGUGAUGGACAAAUCGAAAGGGGAGCCAGUCAUCAGUGUCAAGACAAAGAGCAAGGAGCGGAGCACGAAGAGUCGUGACCGCAAGUCCUCCAGCAAAGAGAGGAAGGACAUCCUGUCGUUUGACCAGAUCAAAGAACAGCGUGAGCGUGAGAGACAGAGGCAGCGUGAGCGAGAAAUCCGUGAGGCAGAGAGACGUCGGCAUUCUGGCAGUGAUCGCGACAGUCGCAGCGAGCGUGAGCGCAUUCGUCUGUUCCGCGAGCGCGAGGAACGAGAGAGGAUGAUGCGCAAGCGCAACUGGCUAGAGGUGGAAAAGCAGCGACUGGAGGCCGACCGGAUGGAGCGAGAGUUUUUGGAGCGUGAGCGCGUGCGAGUGGAAUACGAGCGGCGGCGUGAGCAGGAGAGAAUUCAUCGAGAGCGUGAAGAGCUGCGCAGACAGCAGGAGCAGCUUCGAUAUGAACAAGACCGUCGCCCUCUCAAGAGGCCCUACGACAUGGAUGCCAGGAAAGACGACUGGCAGGUUAAGAGGAUGCCCAUAGAUGACCGUUAUGGCCGCUCAGACUUUGGACGACAGGAGCGCUACCAAGACUUCGACCACAGAGACCGCAGCCGAUACCAGGAUGACAUGAUUAUGGACAGGAGGGAUGGUGCCAGAGGAGGUAUGCCUGCAGACAGAGAAGGCCAGCAUUUCCCGGAUCGGGACAGACAUGGGAGGGACUCUAGGGAUAACUGGGGUGCAAGUGGCUAUGAUAAGCGUCCCAUGAAUCCCACAAGGCCAGUGCCUGGCAGGGAUAACAGGGAAUGGGAGCCUGGACGCAAGAUGGAAGGUGACCGGCCCUGGCAAGGUGCCGACCGGGGCAUUCCAGGCCAGAGUCACAUGGCCCGAGGAGGAAUGGCAAAUCGGGGUGGAUACAUGCAGACCGGAACAUCCCAGUCCCUCUCUGGAGCCUUAAACCGACAGAACCAGAUGAUGCAGGGUGGUGGGAUGCAGGGAGGUGGAGCCUUUGGCCGGCGCUACUAACCCCCAUCCUCGUUUUCUUCCGUUUUGUACCUGUUUGUGAGCUCACAGCUUGUAUAUAGCUUCUAAAGCGUUGUAAAUUUGUUUGACUUUUUAAAGGGUUUUUUUUUUUUUGGCCAUGCAACAGACAAAAAAGAUCUAUUACCCACCACAGCUAUGGGUAAAACCUAAUGGUUUUAUUGUUUUGUUUUUUUGUCCCCCUUCUCCAUCCAUUCCAAAACAUUUUAGGAUCAUUGUUGUGUAGUGGAUUAGUUUCCUCAGUACAUACUCAGGAAUGGUUUGCUCAACUGAAACCUGUAAUGCGUGCUGUCACACCCAGUGUUUGUAAGACAAGUUUCAGUGGAUAAAUUGCAGACGUUUUUGUUGCAUCACAGUAGGUAUAAUGCUGAUAUAAUUCGUUGUUUUGAUCAUGUUGGUCUAACUGCAGUUUUCUCUCUCCAGUUGACCCCCAAACCCUUGUAGUGAAAUUCAUGUUUGCCCAGUGGAUGGUGCUGUUGCGUUGCUGUAGACAAGUUUCAUGUCUCUUCUGUACUGUUUAGGAGAGCAACUCCAGUCCCUGCUGUAACAUACGGACACUUUUUCAUUGUCACUGUUUCGGAUGAAGUCUUAGUCACCGGUGUGCAUGCUGUCCAUUUUUCUUUUUCAGUACAUGUUUGGUUAAGUGGACAAACGCUCUGAAUAAAGUUGUUUCUUAAGAGAAAGUCUUAAUCGGUUUUAACUUUUAAAUAAGUGGAUGUCUUUGCUGAUGGGAAAGCAAGCAUCCAUCCUGUUUCUGUGCAUUGUACUGCAUGAGUAUAACGCCAGAGGCCUACAUUAUGUACAUAUACAUUGGAUACAUGUUUAAAUCCAUACAUUAAAAUGCUGUUUUUCUAUUUGAGUUUAAGCGCUAAAGUGGAAAUGGUGGUGUGAGCUUGUAUGGUUGGCUUGUCUUGGUUAGGUUCUUGGUUCUAGAGUGCUUACUGCCUGACCUUGUGCUGAAAUGGUUUUAUUCAGUGUCUUCUGGGCUGACGCAAAUAGAAAAGACCUUGCAUGACCUCCACAGCAAGAUGCACUGCCGUACUUGUGAUUUAUUCAAACCAUGAUCACAGUAUUACAGGGCUGACUUGGUGGCAUCCUGCAUAAAUAAAAGAUCCUUAUGCAUUGCCACGACUUGGUGAGGUGAGGGAGUUAAUACGGCAUGAUUGAAAUCCUGGCCAUGGUUUAGGAUCUUGUUCCCACGCCUUACUAAGUUGUGGCCAUGCAUUAUUUUUAUUCAUACAGGAUGUCACCAGCGGGGCUCCGGACAGUAUAAUAUCUGCCACUUUUGCAGCAAGAUAGAAUUUUUAGUAACAUUAAAUGGAACUCAAACAUCAGGAUCUUGGUUAUGCAGUAGCAUUUUAUAAGCAAGUAAUUUUUUUCUGGUUAUCCUGUAAUUUUUUUCCUGUACCAUAGGGGGCAGUGUGGAGCGGGACAAAACGUUAGCUGUUGCCUCUGCUGACCAGCCAUUUUUGGUUCAAGUGAAGAUGCCAUAACCACAUUUUCUCAGAUUUACAAGGUCGACAGAGGUCUGUCACAAAUAAUGUUAAUCAUGCAGGCAAUAUUACAAGUUGCAUUACUAUAUCACUACUGAAGAAGCUAAAUGUGCUAAUCAUUAGGCCUGUGCAAGGGAUUCUGUCCCUGUAGAGAUGAUAUCAUACCUUCUUUCUUUGAGUUGCUGUACAAAGACUCGUUUUCUCUAGGGCUGGUUACAGUGUACGAUAAGAGUUGUGUAAACCCUGGAAAUUUAGGCCCAGAUUCAGUCUGCAAGCUUGCAGGAAACUGUUGAAAGAAUUUGACCCGUGUUGAGCCAGGACCAAACAGCUCUCCAGCAAAAAUAUUACACAAAAGAUCUUGGCUCAUUUCAAACCGUGCAUUUUUUACAUUUUCCUAAAGCAGUACUUUAUUAAUGCUGAAGCAGAAUUGACAGUGACGAUACUUUGGGUUGCCUUUCCUCUGCUGAACAACUGCCGUUUAAAUGCAAUCUGAACAGUUUGUCACUUGGGUCACCCGUGCAGCAAUCUGACAGGAGAUUGUGAUAAGAAUAAAAAUGGCUCUCUUGAGGAGCCACUGUUCUCCUUUGGAAAGUUCAGGGCAGUUGAGUAAGUGCUCAGAAGAUAAGGAGAAAUAGACAAAAGGGCAUUUGGUUAUGGUUGCAGUUCAGUGAUGUGCAGUUUCUCCCUUGCCCUGCAAUACUCAUUUAAAAAAAAAAAAAAAAGGACUAUUCUUCAUUCUAGGGAAUGGUUCUGCUGAGAACCAUGAGUUUCAUGCUCAAAUAGUCCUGGUUCUAUAUAGCUCCAAAAAGAGUUCUACUGUUACAAUGUCAGGGACCCUUUUCUUGCUAUGUAUGACCAUUUUCAAAAAUAUAUAAUGCAUUCUUAUCAAUCUGAAGAACAACACCAUGCAAAGAACCAUUUAAACAUGAAGUGGUUGUGCAUAGAACUCUAGAACUAUGUAAUUCUAAAACAGAACCGUUCCCUUUACAACAUAACCCAUCUUUUAUUUAUUUAGAUAGAUAGAUAGAUAGAUAGAUAGAUAGAUAGAUAGAUAGAUAGAUAGAUAGAUAGAUAGAUAGAUAGAUAGAUAGAUAGAUAGAUAGGGAUAGAUAGAUAGAUAUAGAUAGUAGGUGACCACUCAUGACAUGUUUAUCUGAAAUUUGCUUGGCUUUUAUGCUGGAACUUCUUACUUAAUUUAAUUACUAGAAAUAGAAAGUAAUGGCCACCAGUUACCAUUGCGCUAACAUCAUGCUUACAUCAUACUGACCUUAGACCAUGAGGAAUUAUUAGGUAACCUCAGAGGACAAAAAGUAUCCUCAGUUCUCAUCUCGCUGUUUUUUCACAAUUCAAAGCUUUAAAUAAUUCGGUUCUUGAGAUGUGAACCAAGUCAGAGCGGUCUGAUGUGAAAUAACUCACUUGCAGAUAAACUUAGCAACUCAAGAUUUCUUUACAGUGUUGGUGAUGGGAACCAGGGGUCACAAUCAUCACAAAUGAGUGAAAAGGUGAGCAAUAUGAAAGUUAUUUAGCUUUACCUGGUUUUGCACGUCCCUCUUUGCAGUGAAUGAACAAUCCUAAUUCUAAAAGUUUCUGUAGAACAGAACUUUUGACAUCACACAUCAUACCGCUGUGAAUGACUGUUCGCAUCUUAACCACUUUCUAACGCAGACAGUUUGAAUAAUUUAGGAAUUCGGCCACAAGUCCCACUUGAGACUUUUUAAAAUUUGGCCUCUGAGAAAUUGGCCCUGGAUUUUCUCACCGAUCCAAACUGUGUGUUUAUUGUCAGUAUGAACGAAUCUCCAUUAUCUUGUGUUAUUUUUCCCAUUCAACAUCAAAAUUACCCCCAGAACUUGCUCGGAAGUCAUUGCCACCUGAUGCAUUUCCCUUUUCAAACCUGGAAAUAAUGGCCAAAUAAUAAUAACAGAGCUUUAGCAAUAAACUACACUCUUAAAAACGAUGGUUCUUCAAGGGUUUUUGGUAAAGAAAAUCGUUCCACUAAAGAAGCACUUGCAUGCUGAGAUGUUUUUUUGAAUUGUACUUCACAUUGAUGUAGAAUGUGUUGUGUAUGGUUCUAUGUAGCACCAAAAAAAGGUUCUUCUUUUGGUAUGAUGCCAAGGUUGUAACAAUUGAAAAAAACCCUUUCUAAAAAAAAAUUUUAAAUAAACAUUUUUUAGAACGACACACACACACCAUCAAUCUAAAGAACCAUUUCAUGAUGCAAAGAACGCUUUUAGCAAGAAAAUGGUUCUUUGAAUGUUCACGGUUCAAUACAGAACCACUGUCUUAACUAAAGAACCAUCUUUUUAAGAGUGUACUUUGAAGUGCUACUAUUCAGUUUGCCGUACUUUAAGUUACAAACUUUACUUAAGUUACUUUUAAGUUAAUGUGCUGUCGGCUCUGGGGAUCGAACUGGCGACCUUCUGGUCACGAGGCUGGUUCCCUGACCUCCAGCCCAUCACAAAAUAAAGCUUUGGUCAUCAAACAUGUCUCAUGGAACAUGGAGGAAUCUGAUUUCUCACCAAAUUAUUUAAAAGCGAAAAGCUCUUAAGCAGCUUUGAAGGCCUUCAUGUUGACUCUUUAAUUAAACGCAGCAGCCUGGGAACAGAUGACACAGUGGAUGUUACUCCAGAAGGGUCGUUGGACUUUACAGCCCACCCAACAUGCCCUAAAGUAACCUCUGCUGAAGUGUAGAGGGUGGACCAUGUUCGCGAUGUCAUAUUCACUGAUCAGGCUGUUCGCCAUUGGCCAAUCAGAGCAAACUAGGCGGAGCCAAGAUUGAGUUUACGUUCUUAUGCCAAAUUAUGUUUUAAAUCAUGCUAGUUGUAUGUUGUUAUGACAGUGAGGUUCAAGGGUCUUCAUCUGACUUUUGCCUGUGCUUUUCUAUGCAUCCGUCAAAACAAAUUGCACUUCAAUCUGCAUUUGUGUAUGAAAGGUGCUUUAAUUAUUAUUAAUUGUACAAAGUUCUGUCCUAUUUUUAUUACUUAUUGUUUUAAAACACUACAAUACAGCCUGGGCUUAUAUCAUUUCCUCCAGAGAAUUACUGUAACAUAUGCAUACAUUGAAUAACAACAACAAAGCAGUUGACGUCCACUUGUUUACUUUGGCACAUAUUCACAUCUGGAACAAUGUGGAAACAGAUGGAAAGCAGCGUUUGGAGCACAUCCGGAUGGUAAAUGAACUCCAUUGCCAGCCAACCAGCUCUUGGGAAACCAUCCUUCACUGGCAGUCAAUCUCUUAGUCCUAGUCAACUUCUUUAGAGGUUUACUGCGAGGAAACAUGGGCUGUAGACCUAUCUAUAUGUGGCACAUAUGCAUGAUAUUCAUGGCUCAAAUAAAUGUUUUUCUGGUUUGAAAUUAAA